CCGAUCUCUAAUGCGUAUUGGCGUAGCAUUGAUGCUGUUGGUGGAAGGUCGCAUGAAGGUAGAAAAGCAGAUAAAACAAUUUGGUUCAUAACAAAAACAAAGCGGCAAUUAAAUAUUAUUUUAGACAAAGAUGUCUGAAUUAACCGUGGUCACAUCGUUGGGGACGGUGCCCACUGGACAAGCUGAGAAGAAGCCUUUGAAACCAUGUUGUGCGUGUCCUGAGACCAAGAAAGUCAGGGAUGCCUGUAUAAUUGAGAAAGGGGAGGAGAACUGCAAAGACUUGAUUGAAGCUCAUAAAGAGUGCAUGAGGGCAUUGGGAUUUAAGAUCUGAUGAAAUGGUGUUUUGGAGAUGUGGGGAUUGUGUUUUGGAUUAAAUUAAUGUGUGCUGUGCUGCCUGAAGCUGAAUGAAGAUGAGUUGUACAUGGAUGCAUUGCUACACAAAUGAUCUAUUACGACAAAAGCUGGAACUGAAAACUCGCCUUCAGUGAUUUAUUCCAAAAAGUAGUCAGAUGGUCACUAUUGUUUCUGCUUUUUCUUGUCCAGUUAUAUAAAAUCAAAGAUACUUGAAAAUUUGUUAGAUUUAUCUUUUAAUAAAAGUUUGAAACUGUCA